AUGUGGCUCCAGCCUGCUGAAAAUUGCGGGCGCACCCCAGCCAAGGCUGAAGGCCUGCGUGGCCAAUUCGCCUUUCGUUUUUGUCGACUCCAGAAUCCAUACAAGUAUAGAAGCUUCAUGCAGCGACUACGGUCGCUGCUGCUGCCGCCGCUGCUGCCAUUGUUGCUGCCACUUCCAGCAGACGCGGUAGAAACGCAUGCUGAUGCAAGCUCCUUGGUGCGCCGCGAAGACAGCCUCAAGACUGAAGCUGAUGACUCGCAUGACUCGCACACCGAAGCCUUCUUCGGCAGGCCAGACAGGAUGAUGGAGAUGGAGGUUGGACCACUCGGAAGCAUCAACAGCAAGGAACUGCCAGGCCAGAUCCGCCGCCAGGACUUCGUGGCAGGAGGUGCCUCCUUGGCAGAGGCGCGUGCAAAGCCUCGCGAGGUGAUGUUCGGCAUUUUCUGCAGGCGUGUGUUCGACGUGGAUGUCAUCAAAAAGACCUGGACAGGAGACAUCGUGCUGACCGUAAGCUGGAAUGACCCUGAGGUGUCUCAGGUACUGCCUGUUGGCAAGGAGGAUACCCGAUACUCUACAGAUGAUGCAAGGAAACUCAUUUGGCUGCCAGAUAUUGGAGUUACAAACCGGGAUUUCAAGAAUGUCGAAGUCAUCUCCUCCAGUGUGAAGAUCUGGUCCUCGGGCUGGGCAACAAAAGUCGAACGGAUGCUCGUGACGAUGACGAACGACUUUGACACCUCAGCAUAUCCUUUCGACCAUCAGUCGCUGCAAGUCAUCGUAGCAUCUGAGAAGCUGAUGGCUGAUGAGUUGGUUCUCAAACCUCACACAGACACGACACUGAUUGGAGUCAAGGAUGACGUGCUGACCGGAACUGGCUUCGGUGGCACAGAAGGAGCAAAGCCGAAGUAUUCCAUUUCCAGCUUCAAAGAGACGGAUGCCUUACUUGUGAAGAGCCGUGGACUGUUUGAGAUUCAGAUAGCUCGUGGUUUCGGAGGAGCUGGACGACAGAUCUUCGGACCCACGCUCACCUUGCUGGCUGUGUCCUACUCCGUUUUCUACUUUCCCCUCGUUCCAGCCUUUACCAUGCCACGUGUUGCUUCGAGCGUCAUCUCGCUGCUGGGCGAGAUGACCUUGCUGACCAAGGCGCGGGUGCCGGACUCGUGGACGGACGUCUAUAUGGAGAUGGUCUGCCUGCUGAUCGGCUCUGUGAGUGUGCUGAGCCUGUCCAUGGAGACUCUUGGCAGAGUAAAAAGAGAGAGACAGAGU